AUGGCAGUCACGGGGGGCAUACCACGUGGGCUGGUGUUUGCCACUGGAUUGGACCAACUCCUUACCAAGUAUGUGGACGUGUUCCGGCUUACUUUGGGCCGAGACCCACCCGUCAGCAUGUCCCCACUGAAGUUGCACCUGGCCAACGAAGCCAAGCCGGUGCGCUUCAAGGCCCGACGUUACUUCCUGCCACAGCAUGAGUUCAUGCAGAAGCACGUGGAAGAGUUCGAGUCGGCCGGAUUCACUUACCGCACCCGACCAGUCGUCGUAAUGCGCCAACUGCUCCGAUUGUGUCGGGCGUGCCUCCGUCAAUGGCAGAUGACCGCGACCCAAUGUCCCGGGAUCGACCUGGUGAUCAUGCUAAUCAAGAACGAGCGCUAA